AUGACUCUGUCACCUCAAAUCCUCACACCGGUGUCUGACCGGUCACACGAACCCCCAUCCCUCACCAUAGGCUCAGACGGUGAUUCCCAACCGGUAUCCCUCCUCACAGCUCUCAUCCAGUCAUCUGACAAAAAGCCGUCCGCUUCGACCCAAUCGUCCGCCCCUUCCACUGCGUUCUCCAGCCCUCGUGGCCCAAACCAUGGUAUACUGCAACAGUCAAACCCAGCCAUCCUUCGACGCGAUAGCAACGAUCAAGUCGGACUUGGCUUGGGCGGUGUAGAAACACUCAAAAGUCGCUUAGAAAAAGUGGAAGAAAAGAGAGAGCGGAUUGGAUGGGCGGAUGCAGUUGAUCAACCGCAACCUACAUCUACAUCCCCCGAGAGCGAUGACGAAGGGUACCAAGAAGACUCGGAAGAAGGGUUCGACUCUGACAAUUCCCAAGACUCCCAAAUCGACCCACGAUACCCCUUUGCCCGACCUACCAAUUUUGACCGCCCGCGAUUCAUCGGAGCGACCCAACUGCCAUCAAAGACUCCAGCGCCAGCUCUACUACCGCCACCUGCUCGCCGGGGUAGAGGCCAUAUCAAGGUAGACGAAACAGCCCACGACAAAACUUGCUCCCGUCAUCGCAGUCCUCCGCCUGCCCGAUCACGCUCAUCCAGCGCACACAAAAGCUCUGGCCGACUAUCCGAUGCCGGACCUCGCGACGGACGCGCCGGUAGCCCAAUGCCUGAUCCAAUACCCAGCGAUGAAGAGGAAGACGAGGAAGAAAUGCACAUCCCCGCUGGAGGCUGGCGCAGCGACGACGCGGUAUUCUACGGACCAAACGCUCAACACGUCAGACCGAUCCGACGUCGUCCACGUCGCCAUAGCUCGGCGCUGAGACCAUCGGUAUUUGUGGAUUCCGAUGAUGAAACGCAACCCAGCGGCGGGAUCGGCGAUUUUCUGCGGCGUGCUUCGGAACACAUACCUGGUUUCAGGCGUCCCUCUUCUGGUCUAAAUCGUGUAAGCUCAGGUGCCAGCGAAUCUGGCUAUCCCCAUUCAAUUCCCCAAGCGGCGUGUCCGCCGGCUUUGGACAAUACACCUGCCAUGGCCCAACAACCCUUCACAAACGAUGCCACCGGUGGUCUCGCGCACCGUUUAGAAACCGCAUUAUCGUCCUCACCGGCGUCUGCUGCUGUCUCUAGAGUAGCAUCGGUGAAUAUGCGACAGGAAAUGGUUCCUGCCGGACCAGUCACUGCUCAGCCAAUACCGAGAGUCCACGACGGCGAGCAACUAGGAUGGACCGAAGAAGCAUUAUUAGAGAUUCGAAAGUCGAGAAAGGAUAAUGGUGUAUAA